AAAAGGUGGUCAAUGAUUCAAACAAUGAAGCAAAAAUUCGGACUUUCAAGCUUGAUAUCUUAACAACCAUAAUGCUUUUAGAAGACACUUGCCCACUUUCUUCCUUCCCAUCUACCUCUGUGUGUCCAAAAGUGAUUUUUCCUUAAAACUCUGCAACCGUGUUGUUCUGCUUUUCGCUUGAUCAGGUUUAGCAAGUUUUAAUCAUCCAUGUCAACAGAAAGCACUAUUGUAUUAGAUUUUUCAAAGCUCUAUGGACUUCAGAGCUUAGUCUCAAUAAAACAACACUUGGGUUAUCUCCACCUAACCUAUUCUUGUGCUUUCACUAAGUUGUCUUCUCCUUACUUUUCUGAUACUAUUUGUGGGUCUUCUUUUUCUGUAAUCUAAACACCUGUUUUGUUGUUCCUUAAAGAUACUCACAUCUACCCAUGUUCUAGUUCAGUAGAUUUUUCCAGUUAUUUAUUAAUUUAUCUUCAUUUUGGUUGUUCUUGGAAUGGAUGGGCAAGAGGGGGAUGAUCAAUCUUGAGACUUGAUCUGAUGGGGAUGCCAUUGGUGCUUCUGGUGAUGACACAAUGCUUGGCAUUCACUGCCUUGUCAGCUCAUGGAUCUGCAGAUCCUGCAGUCUCUCCUACAUCAAAUUCUCUGAGCCAUGGCAGGAAAAAACAUGGAACGGUAGCAGCUGCGCCUCCAAACAAAGAGUUCCACAUCUUACAAUCCAUGGAGCAUUCUCCAACAGAAGCCCAUCAUCCCCACCACAGAGUGAGGCUGUCCAAUAUUGCUGUUCCACCCUCUAGUUUGCCUUUUAAACAUCAGGCGAAGAAACAUGUGCAUGGUUCCGCAUCUUCACCUACAACCUCAUUUUAUAGGCAUCAUCAUGCAAGGAACAAGUUCCGAAACUCUGCUCCUGCACCAUCUCAUCUGCUUUCUCCUCACCCUUAUAGCCAGCAAGGGCCUUCAGUCUCCUCAUUCCACUCUCCUGUUCCUUCAUCAACAAGCUGGGGUUCGCCUUCACCUGCACCAUCACCAGCACCUCUAUCAAGACAAAUAAACAUGCAUUUUCAUCCACCGGCAGUUGCUCCUUUGGGUUCCUCCCUGAAGAAUAUGAAGACUCCACCGCCACCACUGGUUUGGACAUUACCACCUCCACCUCCUAAUGAAGAUUGUGCAUCAUUGACUUGCACAGAACCUUUAACAUAUACGCCUCCUGGAUCACCCUGCGGUUGUGUGUGGCCAAUUCAAGUUAAAUUGCGCCUUAGUGUAGCACUAUAUACUUUCUUCCCCUUGGUCUCGGAGCUGGCUGAUGAAAUUGCUGCUGGUGUUUCACUAAAUCAUAGCCAGGUUCGCAUUAUGGGAGCAAAUGCAGCCAACCAGCAGCUAGACAAAACUAUCAUCCUGAUCGACUUGGUACCACUUGGAGAAAAAUUCAAUCAUACCACUGCAUUUUCAAUCUACGAGAAGUUCUGGCUCAAAAAAUUUUUUAUAAAGACUUCCCUCUAUGGUGGAUAUGAAGCAUUAUAUGUUCGAUAUCCAGGUCUUCCACCUUCUCCGCCUUCAAGCAUUAGUAAUAUUGAUGACGGGUCAUACUCAGGCCAUGGCAACAAUGGAAGGGUAAUGAAACCCUUGGGGGUUGAUGUGCCUCAGAAACAGAAACAUGGGCUUGGAGGAAGUAUGAUCACUGUGAUUGUUUUAUCAUCUGUGACGGGUUUUGUUAUAUGCAUUGCAGUUGCUUGGGUUUUGGUAUUGAAGUGCAGAGGUCAUGUUCAUCAAGCUGAAGAUAUUCCACAUUCUUUGAUUUCCUCCUUUGCAAAACCAUCAGGGGCUGCUGGGUCUAUGAUGUUGGGAAGCAGGACCAGUUCUACAUCAGUGUCCUUCAGUUCUGGGGUAGUGACAUAUACCGGAUCUGCUAAGACCUUCAGUUUGAAUGACAUAGAGAGGGCCACAGAUAACUUUGAUGCUUCAAGAGUACUAGGAGAAGGUGGUUUUGGUCUUGUCUACAGGGGCAUUCUAGAUGAUGGAGUGGAGGUAGCUGUUAAGGUUCUUAAGAGAGAUGAUCAGCAGGGUGGCCGAGAGUUCUUGGCAGAAGUUGAGAUGCUUAGCCGUUUGCAUCAUAGGAACUUGGUUAAAUUGAUUGGCAUCUGCACUGAGGAGCAUACCCGCUGCCUCGUCUAUGAACUUGUUCCAAAUGGAAGUGUGGAAUCACAUUUACAUGGAGUUGACAAGGAAGCUUCUCCUCUUGAUUGGGGUGCACGAAUGAAGAUUGCCCUUGGUGCAGCUCGUGGUUUAGCAUAUCUGCAUGAAGACUCUAGUCCUCGUGUUAUACAUCGGGAUUUCAAGUCCAGCAACAUCUUGUUAGAACAUGACUUUACACCUAAAGUUUCUGACUUUGGUUUGGCUAGAACAGCACUUGACGAGGGGAACAAACAUAUCUCAACACGCGUGAUGGGAACUUUUGGCUACUUAGCUCCAGAAUAUGCAAUGACUGGCCAUCUUCUCGUGAAAAGUGAUGUUUACAGUUAUGGUGUAGUCCUUCUUGAGCUCCUAACAGGAAGAAAGCCAGUGGACUUGUCACAGCCACCAGGUCAAGAAAAUCUGGUUGCUUGGGCUCGUCCACUUCUCACAACCAAGGAAGGCCUAGAAACAAUCAUCGACCCAGCUCUGAAGUCAAGCUCCCCAUUCGAUAGUGCAGCCAAGGUAGCAGCAAUUGCAUCAAUGUGCGUGCAACCAGAAGUGUCUCACCGUCCUUUCAUGGGUGAAGUUGUUCAAGCCUUGAAGCUAGUGUGCAGUGAGUAUGAUGAGACAAAGGAUCUAGCAUCAAAAAGUUUCAGCCAAGAGAAUUUGUCUAUUGAUGUAAUUAGAAAGAGUAGUAGAGUCUUGGGUGAGCUUCUGGAAGUUUCACAGGUCCAUCACCCUGUGGCUGGCCAUGAUUCAAGUUUUGAUACAAAGAUGGCGCUAUCAGUAUCAGAUUUGGUGAGUACCUCGAUGGGAUUUGAGGGUCAAGACUCUGGAUCCUUUAGGAGGUACUCGAGCUCAGGGCCUUUGAGCACUGGGAGGAGAAGGGAGUUCUGGCAGAGACUGAGAAGGUCGUCUGGCGGCAGUGCAAGUGAGCAUGGAUUUUCAUUUAAACUAUGGCCUCGUUCCAGUUAAAUAUUUGAUGAAAGGCCCAUUUAGAAGAAUAAUCUCUUCCAACAAAAGUGUACUUCACUUUCAUGAACAACAUAGGAUCUCAAGACCCAUACGAUGCAGCACCAUCCUAGGAGCUUGGAAGAUUUUGACUUGCAACGUUCUCUGAAUAAUGGCUUUGUUGAUGAUUUGAAGCUCAAACCCGGUGAAGCAGUUGGUUGUGGUGUAUAGCUUGUAAUCAAAGGCAUCAUUGGGCAAGUACUUUGCAAGACUUCCUCAAGUAUCAUCAACUCGGUUUGAACCAAAAUAAAUCUCAGUUCCUGCCCUUAAAUUGUUUUAGUUGCUGUACUUGUGGUUGUUUGAAACUGGGAAGACUUCUGAAAUCCUUCUGUGAAUUCAAUGCUUCAUCUAUGUACUGGGAAAAUAUUUAACACUGCCGUCUUUAAGUGUAUGAAUGGUUCGCAUUAGUAACAUAAAUUAAAUUCUAGUUUGUACUUCUGUAA